AAUCCCUUUUUGACUAUUGUCUUCUAAUUUGGGCCUUGGCUUGAACACCUUUAGAGGCCAUUAUCACUAGGGUAGCUAAGCAGAUUCUGGGAACCCCGAAACCUGUGUAUCUAACUCCUGUUGAUAAAACUUGAAUGAUGAAUGUAGGUGAAACCUCGCUGCAUCUGUCAUCGGUCUCAUUCUCCCUUUCUGUGCUGUACUAACUUGUGCAUGAAGGAGAACAAGCUGAUGCCCUCUCCCACACUUCUCACUACUGCUGGCUUCCCCCUCCCACAUCCCAGGCACACCUUCUUUCAGGUCCUCCUCCUCAGUCAUGGAAGGGAACAGAAUUGGUGUGAUUUUGCUGUACAGGAGGACACCAAACAAUGCUAAGGGACAUCCAUGUGGGUUCCUCAUCUCCUGUGCCCUAAGGGAAACAGUUCUGCAGGGUGCUUCAUUUCCCAUAGAGCACUGGAAGGCUUUGAGAGAAGGGUCAGAAUGGCUGGUUCGUGUAUAGGCCAAACUCCCCUGGCUAGAGCAAUGCAGCUGAUGUGGAAGCUACUGUGGCUCUCAUGCAGUAGCCCCACUGUUGUACUAAGGGCAAAGGGGCUGAUUCCAUGUGCACCUAGCCCCUGUGGAAUUAGCAUGUACACAGUCCGUAUUUCACUUCCACUGUACCCUGAUGUACCACACUCUUAAUUUUAGUACUUAGGAGUUAAUUUUGUCCUAAUAAUGGUGGACACUGUCUCCUAUUUCUCCCUCCAUUAAAGCCCUGCCCAUUUACACUAACUGGAGUGAUACUUGCAAAGCAUGAGGCUAAUAUGUGACGUUUAACCACUAUCCCUAAAAGCUGCUCACCAGAAUUCUUGCAAAACUAUUGAGUACGUUCCCCCUUCUGGCUUUCAAAAUGAGUGACAGCACUUCAGCUCACAUAAUGGGAGGCUAAGGCUGGGGUUUCUCACGAAGGACGUGGUUCGUUCCUAAUAAAAGCUUAAGCUAAGAAAUGGCAUGUGGCCUUUUUUUAGGGCCUAAAAUAAAACUUUCAUAGAAUUGAUUUAGAAAACUUUAUUUUCCCUGCUUCCUUGAAGGAACCCGAAAGCUGAAAGAGGAGGAGCUGAAAAGAGGUGGUACAUGGCUGGGAAUUUCCCCAUUGCAGGCAUAUGAAUUGCCUUCCUGUUCUUCCGCAGUCUAGGUUCAACCUGUCCUAGAGUUUACUUUUUUUUUGCAGGGGAAGUGGAGAGUCAGCAUGGCUGGACGAGGAUUAGCCAAAUUUGUCUUCUCUUCUUUUACUGCUGUUCUGUUCUUCCUGUUGCUCUCUGCUAUGCAGUGUUCAGGGCUGAUAUGUGGACAAUUUGAAUAUCCCUUACAUAAAAGAUGCUGCAGGGAGUGUGCUCCUGGUGAGGAAAUGAAAAACCGCUGCUCACCAACAUCAGAAACGGAGUGUCUCCCCUGCCAACAUGGAUACUAUAACUCAAAGCAUAACUACUAUCCGUGCAAAAGCUGCACCGUCUGUGAUACAGAUAGGGGAAGCAUGGAGGUGAAGAAGUGUGAUAAGAUAUCCGAUACAGUUUGCAUGUGCAUGAAGGGUUACACCCCAUACGACAGCAGAUCGUCAGAGGAAUCCCCGUCAGGAAAAGAAUGCUUCCCCUGUCCUGAUGGGCAUUUUUCCAAUGGAAACAAUGACAGAUGUCGGCCCUGGGUCAACUGCAUCGCUUAUGGUAAAAAGACUCUGAAACCUGGGACAAAAACAGAAGAUGCUAUCUGCGAUGACCAGGACAAACGGGCCACCACACUCCAAACAUCCACCUUGUACCUCUCUCUCAUCAGCCACAGAAGCAAUGGAUCUACUACAGCAUCCACCCCCUUCACAUCCAAAGACACCGUUUCCACCACUCCUGUUAAAAAGGAGAUUAACUGGGGGUCCUUAUCGCUCAUUCUGAUUUGCUUAACGUUGCUCAUGGUAUCUGGAAUGUCCAUCCUCCUCUUGACUAUCCAGACGACCAAAAAGGAUAAGACAAAGAGGCCUCCUGUGAAUGGACAACUCGCUACCAAAAUAUUUGACACAUACCUGCACCACGGAGAUCAGCUCGCGGAGGAGGAGGAUUGGAUUGAUACAGCAUGCUGAAAAAAAUAACAUAGCCUCAUAUACUCAUUGAGUGAAUCUGUGACACCGGACCAGCCUGGCUGAAAUAUACUGUGUCUGCGUACGCCAUCAGCACGUGUGUUUCCCCCUCUAUGUGCAAUUUUGUACUUUCCUUCCUUUUUUCUUUAUUUCUUUUCUGCUUUCCCCCUUACUUGGGGAGAGGGGAAUCAAUAAUACACAAAUAAUAAAAAAUUGCCACUCUGCCGGGCAACCUUAUAAGAUGCCUGCUGAAGGUGUGACCCUUUUCUGUCCGUGUACAACUGAGCUGCUGCAGGGUCUUUCAUUCACCUCUUCCAAAUGACUGAUUUGUUUGGCCAGGGAGCGGGCGCUCAAUUCAAAGCCAAUUAUACGCAUGGUUCUGGGUCAGCCCGCUGCUGCCUGCUCGUCUCGUUACACAGUCGCAAUAAAAUAGGUUCCCAUUGUUCCCUUAACCCGUCCCACUUCUGUUAGAUACCCCAUAUCGGCUAGACCAGCAAGCAGUAAUCUAGAAGUCGCUCCCUGCCGGAGUAAUUCUGUGCGCCCAUGUCUGUGUGGAACCAGAAGAGCCAUUUGCUUCUCUUUCCCCUCCUGCUCUGUACAAAGUUUCUGUACUCUGUGUUUUUCAGAUGGAAAGAGCUUUCGAAUUCCUAUCCAGGAAGAGCAAGUCGACUCCAAUUCCAGCCUCAUCAAAAACUGAUUCCCUGUUAUACUACAGUGUACUGUCAUCUGAGCCAGACAGUAGGAACCUAGCAAUGCAACAAAUACUCCAAUACUCCCUGUGUAAAGGAAUAUUCUGUAUGUGUUGGUGCUCGUUCCAGGGCUGGCUGCACCUCUGUCUCCUUUCUGGUCUCUCUGAGUGCACCCACUCAGGUCUUAGGCCUCAUGCCUGUUCCUCUCUUGGGGUGGAAUCGUGUGAUUCUCCCACUCUUAGACUGAGACGUGGGCUAUAGUACCAUGGGUAUCAACUGAGCUUACCGAGCAGGUCCAACUGAGUUUGGGCACCUACCGUUCUUCCCUUUGGGAGUUUGUGAUCAAUGGUAUAUGGUAAGCAAACCUUUUAGAACCCAAAAUACUGUAUUUAGCAAUAGUAGAAUGCAUUCGAGAGAGGAUUUCAAAACAACAGUCUACCCCUACCAUCCUUUGGUGACCUAGGCAGGCCUACCUUCUCCAGACCCCCAAGUGGCUCCUCUUUCCGAGUCUCAUUCCAGUCUGGUUUCCCUUUUGGCUCUCCCUCCCCCUGAGAGAGUGACCCCCUUUAAACCUUGCUAGUAUCCUUUGUUGUCUUGUGUUUUGUGGGCCUUGGCCUUUCCUGGUCAAAACCAUUUUGUAGGUCGUCUGGAGACAUGGAAACAGAAUCAUGGAAGGUAAUAACUCCAGCAAUGCCUCUUAACCAUUUUUAAGCAUUUGUUGAGAGGUGUUGAUCUGGAGCCAUUCUGCUCCUUUCUGCCUGUCAGACACCUGUUAAGCUAAACCAGUGUGUUCAUACCAUCCCAAUAGCCCUUAUUAGAGGUUAGUCCAAAUCUGUGUGUCUGUGUAUAAGGGCAGAGUUUUUAUAUUCACAGCCUUGAGAGAAAGCAAAUUCAGGUACGUGAGGAGAAGAUUAAGAGACGGCCGCUCAAAGAGAACAAGCAUGCAACUUGUCUCAAUUUCAGACUUUAGCACUCGGCAUUUGCACUGCUACUUUACCUGCAAACCCUGCAUGCCCAGUGCACACCCACUCUUGUGCUUCCUGUUUAUGUUCAUGUGCAUCACAAUGAACAUCCUGUCAAGAUGGGUGUUUGCAGAUGGGAAAAAGUAGGUGAAAGGUGGGAACAGACGGCAUGAAAAGCAAAUGCAGAGACUAUGAAAAAAGGGAGGGGAGCGGAAGGAAUAGAGAACUUCCAGUGAAAGCAUACGUGUGUGCCACUGGGGAUCUGGCCUACUGCCUAUAUCUACAUUGUGUGUUUGUUUGGCCUCCAUGGGUACGAGCGUAGCUUUCGAGGCCCUCCUGGCCCUGACAUCACAAUUAAACUGAAUCAGCAUGUGGAACGAAAUUACAAUCAAACUCCAGCUAACCAUUCAAAGCUCCAAAUCGUUGGAGGUUCACAAACCAUCAGGCUCCCUGUCACUGGUUCUUGCCCCUUUCCGCUGUUGCUUUUGAAUCCCUUUCUGUGCCCACGGGAUUAUCAUUAUUCGCUAAGUAACCUCGGCAAACCCCACUCGGAAUGCAGGCGUUGUCUUGCUAGCGUGGCAGAACAUGACAAUGUGAACAAUUCAAAAAACACAAGGCCCCCUCGAUAUAAUAUUUCUUCUUCUUGAAAUGUGGUGUUGGCUGGGAAGAGCCAAUGGAUUGAUAUUCCAGUAAUGACACCCAGGGCUUUCUGCAGGUACAACUAUGCAGAAUCCUGCCGGUAAUGGAUAGACAAUCCAGACACAGGCUGCCAUACUGUAUCUGAACACUUUGCGGGAGUUCACACUCAAGAACUGACCAAGCACUGGACCUGAUCCUGCUCCCGGUUGAAAUAAAUAGGAGUUUGGCAAUUAAAUUCAGUUGGAGCAGGAACAAAUGGUACACUGGUUGCCCAGUGUAUCUGUAAUGGAGGUGCUGCACGUCUUCUCGUUGGCUCAUAUAUUUUCAAGGGGGUGAAUGGGUUUUAAAGUUAAUGGGAAGUGCCCUGUUAAAUACAAGCUGUGAAACUGGUCUUGGCAAAUCACUGAAUCCCUCUGUUCCUCAGUCUGUCCGUCCGUCCGUAAAACGGGAGUGGUGAUAUUUACCUCCCUCCUGGCCGUGUGGGUGAGGGUUCAUGUUUGAAGUACUCUGAAAAAUCUUUCAGAGCUCUUUGAAAACUGAGGAGUGACAAGUUUUGUUAUGGGCAUUCAACAGCGUCAAAAGCAAAGGAUCUGCCCUUGCACUGUACAAAUGAAUAAGUUAAUUAUGCCCUACAUAUUUUGGUUUGUCUAAUAUAAAUACCCUAUGGUCCCAGCUCUGCAAACAUAUACAAACUAAACUCCAGAGAGACUACUUCUGUGCUUAAAGCUAAGCAUGUGCAUAAGUGUUUGCAGGAUCAGGGCUUUACUGUGUGUGUACGUACUUCUGUGUAUAUAUUAUAAUAUAUUUUACAUGUAUACUCACAAUCAUGUAAAACGUGAUUUUUAUAUAUAUGAUUACAAUAUUUAACAUGCUUGUAAGGAUGUGUCCACACUGCGGUUAGACACUUGCAGCUGAACCGUGCCAGCCGACACCGGCUAAGGGGCUGUUUAAUUGUGGUGUAGAUGCUCAGGCUCAAGCUGCAGCCUGGGCUCUGAGACCUUCCCACUGCACAGGGUCCUAGAGCCUCGGCUCCAGCCAGAGACUGAAUGUCUACACCACAGUUAAACAGCCCCUUAGCCCAAGCCCAAGUCAGCUGGCACAGGCCAGCCAUGGAUUUUUAAUUGCAGUGUGGACGUACCUGGAAUGAGUUUGGCCUACCCAUAAUAUGUUACACGAUUUUGCAAUAUAUUUUCCUGUAAAUAGCUUCGGAUGUAAUUUCAUAUGCCUGAGUGUAUAAAAUAGAUGAAGGGAAAAAAUCCAAGUGCUAUAGCAAAGCUGAGAAGUCUUUUUCAUUUUAAAUGCCUCUUCAAUAUGUAGUUAAAAAGAAAUAUUUAUUUUGUAUACAAAAUAGUCACCACAUGUGCCAAAAUGUGGCACAUGUAUUCCAGAACACAACAACUGCCUGAAAACAUGUUUUUUAAAAAAUAUGUAUUGUUAUAUGUUAUACAUAUAGUGUAAUUAAUAUUUCCUACAGUGAAAUACAGACACGUUGUAUACAAACUUUUGUAUUAUAGUCUAAGUAUCGUAAAUGGAGGAAUUAUUUUUAAAAUAAAACGUUUGUCUAAAA